AUGUCGUCUUGGAUGACUUCUGGCAAGGCUAGACUCAAUGCUCGUCAAAACAGGACCUUUGAGAAGCGUGCGCAGCAACGAGCCCGUGUUAUGACAGCGCCGGAAACCAAUUCCGGUAGCAGCGUUCCGCAAAGGAUUUUGAGAGAAAGGCAAAUCAGUCAUCCCAAUGCCAAUGCCAAUGCUACUGCCAAUACCAAUACCAAUACCAAUACCAAUGCCUAUUAUCAUCCAGGAGAUCCAAAUCGAGGAAUGAAACGAAACCGCAAUAGCAAUAUUGAAAUCAUUUCGGGAGAACAAGCCAAAGCAAAGUAUUCGCCAAACAAUCCCAUUCGAAGACGUGGGGUUAUAGCUACUGCACGAAGGAUACACCAUGCUCAUUCGCUAGACGAACAUCACCAUUGGCAGCAGUUGCAAUCGCAAUCGCACUCGUAUCCACCACCACAAAACGGAGGCGAAUACCUGCAUGCUCCUCCAUACCAUCCAGAUCCUCACUACGACCAACAUGAUCAUAAUCAGCAACAUCACCACCACCAUCGCCCUCAUCGUUAUCCUCCUCAUCAUCAAUGGUCGGGCGACGAACAUUCUCGUAGCUACCAUCACCAUUCUCGACGAAAUCAUCAUUAUCCAAAUCACAAUCACUCAAGGCAUCGCAUGGCACCUUACAUCCGAACUUCAACCGGCCGUGAGACAAUGACCUAUGACUACAAGACUGCUCAAUGGGUACCCUUGCCUAGUAGCCCACAACCAUACGAGCCUCCUCCUUCCGAUCCGAUCAAGGAAGCGCAAGUCUAUCCAAGUGCCCAGGAACCACUGUUGGAGAAGUAUCAGCACCAUCCGCAACAAUAUUAUCAUCAAAAUUAUAUUCCACGACCACCAUUUGAAAAUAGACAACCUCCGCAUUACAAAUAUCAUGCUAGUGGUGGAUGGGAGUCAUCCAACCGGAGCAAGCUUGACGAGAACGAAUUGAGUCAUCAUCAUCAUACUCAUAUUCAUCCAAAGCCACCGUUUCAAGACAAGCAACUUCCACACUACAAACACCCAGGUGGAGCUAGUGGUGGAUGGGAAUCAUCCAACCGUAGCAAGCAUGACGAAGACGAUUAUCUGUAUUAUGGCGACCAAACGUCUGUUGGGAAUCAUCAUCAUUUGGAGACAGCGACUAGCUUUGAGAUGCCUCCUGACCCAAAUGAAAAUGUCUACUUACCACCACCGCCACCACCACAACUUGCUGGCUAUGAAACCAUGGGCGGUGCAGCGUUAGCCCAAGCUACUAUCACCAUGGGACAUGAUCACAAGUCCGCUUGGGAUCAGGAUAUCCAACCUCCACAUUUGCAGCAUGACUACGAUCGUCAACACGACGAUUUCCAACUGGAGGAAUCAGCAGCAGCUAAUGAACAUGACGUAAUUCCCAAAGUCCAGUAUUCCAAGAGUGAAAUGGAGCCAUGGGAAGUAGCGGAUGACCAACAACAACUGCAACAACCCCCAAUGACUACUACUUCACGUAUUGAACGAUCCAAUACCUGGAGUCCUGGAAGUGCCGCCGAGCGUCAAUCCUUUACCCUUACCUCCUCAUCCCGUGGGCGACGAAUUUCAAGGUAUUCUCCACCGAAACUUCCUUACUCGCCACCACGACUGCCAGAAGGCUUGGAACGAUUCCAAAAGAAGCGUAGAGUGUUCAUGACUCCAACAGCUACCAGCAAGGAAGAGCAACAGGUCGGAGAAGAAGAAGACGAAGCAUCCUUGAGUAGUCAAGCAGCAGCACUAGGGCCACGAUUGUUUAACAAUGGAGUCCAAGUCAAUGAAGACGGAACUCCACUGGUGUUUGGACCACCAGUAGAUGCAUCGUCCGAGUAA